UUGUACCGUGCGGACGUGGUCCCACCCCGUGGUUCCUGACCUGACCCAAGAAAGCCUCCGGCAGUAAAUCGGUGACGUCGUAGACGCGUGUUUUCACUUUCGUUUCACGUGGCACGUGCACACACGUGUGUGGUCUAGUCGCGAUUGUCAUCGCGCGCGCGGGAAAGUUUGCGUGCGCGCCAGAAGUUAGACUAGACGUCUAGACCUUUACUCACACAGUAAGUCCCGGAAGUAAGGAGGCGCCAAGAUGAAGGUCGACGCGAACAUCAGCGUGAGCCACAUGGACCAAAACUGGACCCGGUACAUGGUGAUGGCGGACACGGACACGCUCCGGAAGCCGGUCGAGUUCCAGGAGGACAACGAGGUCCAGGUGACCAUCCCGACCAACAAGCCACUCCAGAAGAACUUCGAGCUGGUCAGCCCAGUCGAGAAGGGCAUCCAGUGUACGCCAUGGGUGCUCAAUACUCCCGUCUGGACCGUACACAACUCGUUGGUGGCGACCGGGGUGACCCAUUACGAGGGCGGCUGGCCACGGGACAUUGACAUGCACGACGAGGAGUUGACGGCCCGGUACCGACGAAAGCAGGAGAAGAGCGAGGCCUAUCUGAACCAGAUGAAGGGACUGGGCAAGUCCAUGGAACACGCGAUCCUGCAGAACAGCGCCUGUGACAUCUACCAGAACUACUUCGAGGAUAUCGAGCAGCACGAGCUGAUCGAGCAGUUCACGUCGAAAACGGUCCACGUGUACAAAGACUAUCUGGACGCGCGCCGUUCGUGCUCGUACAUCACCUGGUCCGAGGAGGGGCUGCACUUUUGCUCGGUACACUGCAACAUCGGCGAGCUGAAGAACACCUGCACGGACUCGUACAUCUGGGAUGUUGAACAUCCCAACACCCCGCUGCAGACGUUGGUUCCACCCUUCCAGGCCCGUUGCAUGGAGUACAACUUUAAGGAUGGUUGCCAGCUUGCCGGAGGACUGUUUUCCGGCCAGGUGGCAAUCUGGGACAUUCGAGUUGGGCAGGAACCGGUCGAGAUGACUCUGAGAGAGGCCAGCCAUAGCGAUGUCGUUACAAAGGUGCUGUGGACUGGUACGAAAACAUCGAACGAAUUUCUGUCCGGUGCCAACGAUGGUCGGAUCCUCUGGUGGGACAUGCGCAACCUGAACGAACCGUACGACUUUUUGAACCUGGCCCCGAAGGACACCGGAACGGACGUCGACCCGUCCAAGUGUUUUGGCGUUUGUGCCGUCGAGUUUGAACAAACCAUGCCGAACAAGUACACCGUUGGGACGGAAAAUGGAAUCAUCUACAGCUGCAGUCGGAAGUACAAAACCCCGGCGGAUAAGAUCCAAGCGCAGACGAGGGCCCACACGGGACCGGUUUACUCGGUCGAGCGGAAUCCGUUGUUCAUCAAGAACUACAUCAGCGUGGGCGAUUGGCAGACCAAGAUCUGGACGGAGGACUGUCGGGAUAAUCCGAUUGUGUGGACCAAGGAAUAUGCGGUGCAGCUGACCUGUGGUAUCUGGAGUCCGACGCGGUGUUCGCUGGUGUUUAUCUGUCGGAUGGAUGGCGUCAUGGACGCGUGGGACGUUAUUCAUCGUUUAGAUGGACCGGUGCUGAGAAUUAAGCUCUCGGACGUUCCGCUUCUCUCGGUACGGGUCCACCGCAGCGGCAAGCUGAUCGCCAACGGCACCGAAGCCGGGGUCAUCUACCUGACGGAAAUCUCCGACAACCUGACGUUCAGCUCGGCCAACGACAAACCCGCCCUUUCGGGAAUGCUGGAGCGUGAGAUGCGCCGCCAGCGUCUGCUCGAAGCGAAGAUCAAGGAGAUGAAGCUGCGCGAGAAGGAACUGGAGCGGGAACGAAUCCGGCGCCAGAUGCGCAUGGAGAAGGAGAACUCGAUCGAGGACGAGGAGCAGGAUUUGAUUUACAGCGCGCAGCACCAGUUCUGGAUCAAGAUUCACGGCAGGAAGAGCUUGAAGCAUACGCUGAAGGGAUUGAGGAUGAGGGACAAGGGGGUGAAUCUGUUGAAACCGACCAACAAACCGACGAUUUUCAAACGGGGAGAUGUGAAAAAAGAGGAAAAGGAGUAAAUUGUGAGGAUGGUGAUACGGUUUUCUCUUAGAGUAAGACGAAGCGCGAUGUCAAAAUGACAAUAAUGAAAACGAAUUUAUUGAAACUUGUGUCGUACAAAACAACAUACUGACUUAUGUUUUAUUUCGUAGAGAAGAGAGAUUUUUAAUAAAUACUAUAAAUAGCUGAUUGGUUGCACAAACA